CCCAGCUACUAGCGCCGCCUCCAUACUCUGCUGCUCACAUGUGCUGUGCGUCACUUUCCCGGAGUCAGCAGUAAACAACUAACCGUGGUGGACCUCGUAACCCGGAGAGCCAUCCACGGUACCGCUCGCCCUUACCCUUUAGUGCAGUUGACUGGAUCUCAUCUUGCCCCUGCACCAGGAUAUUCAGUGACACAAUAAGCACUCUUGGAUUUCUCAUCAUUUAUCUAGUGCGAGGUGAACAACUACGUAGUAGCUUAAGCCAGGGCAUUGGUAGCCUAGCGAUGGUGCCAGUCAAUGAAUGUUGCUUAGUGACACACUGGCGCUGCGCGUAAACAUCAGAGGGUUCAGUCCAAGUUGUGCCGUGGCAGCGUGUGGUUGUGUUUCCGCCUGCCUCCGCCCCCUUCCCACACUUGUCGAGAAAUUGUCAUUUACUUGAACAUUAUUCAAGUGAAAUAUAUUUUGGACACAAAUGUUGAAACGAAAAGGAUACACGUUAUAGUGCAAGUGCGUUAACGCGCUUGGGUCUGAAAAUAGUCCUCUAAAUGGUGUCGCGAGCAAAGGGUUCAACGGGGACGAUGGCGCUUCACUGUUCACAAGCCAAACUGUGGGUGAAGACCCACUAUGAACGUCACGAGGAUGGUGUGGUAGCCAAGUCGGUCAUGUACAAGCAUUAUGAGGACUAUUGCCGCGAUCAGGGCCGCAACAUUAUGGAGACCAGCAUCUUCGGCCGCGUGGUCAAGUCCGUUUUCCCUGACGUAACCAUCCGGCGUCUAGGAGGACGAGAUAACCUCAAGUACUACUAUUGUGGCAUCCAAGCUAAGGAGUCCUCCCCACACGUUAUCGACAACGCUACCACUACUAGACCCAAACGUCGCUUGCGUAAGAGAGAAGUUGUUACGGACAAGACUGACGUUCACCGGUGUUUGUUGUGGCUACACAAUAACUACUGUGUCGGCCCCGACUCCUCCGUCAUCAAGUCAGAGGUCUACGACCGCUACGUGUUGGACUGCAUAGCAUCCGCGGCUGACCCGUUACCCAUGCAAUACUUCGGCAUGGUGGUGAGCCACGCCUUCCCACACAUCACCAAGAGGAAGCUGGGGCCAAGAGCCAACCAGCAGAAAUUCUAUUUUGGCAUUCAGGAGCGACCCGCCCCGCUGCCCCUCGACACUGUCCCGCCGGAGCUCAUGCGUGAGGUCGAUUUCAUGUUCAAUAAUGGCAGAUUAUGUUACCGGGAGGAGGUGGAUCCCGACGACGACGAUGAAGACGACGACGACCGCAGCUGUCGCAGCCCGGUGUCAGACACGUCAGAAGGGUCUCUCCGUGACGCCCACACACCAUACUCAGGCGAGCCUCCCGGUGCCCAUGCCAACCCUUAUUUCCACACCUACAUUAAGGAAGAGCCCGUAAACUACAGCCUUCAACAUUUAAAACUGAAAGAUGAACCAUUAGACAUUGAAUGCACUAUUAAAGUGGAACCGUUAGACCUACACAUCCCUCGCGACGUCCAUGAUAUGGACACCUCUUACAUGCCCAGUCCUGAGAGAUCUCCGUCAGUUGCUACUUCCAUAAGUGAUUCUCCGAGUCCCUCAGUUAAAGACCAGAAAACUAGGAAACUCUAUAAACCUCGUUUUCACAUUAUAUCGGGUUAUAAUGAUGACGUUAGUUGGAACAGUGACCCAGAUCCAAAGAUGGAAAAGGACGGAGUGCAGUACUGUAAUAAUUCUGUUCAUUCACAGUGGGAGACGUUCUUGAGGGACUGGUUAUCGCGAACAUUUGAGGAAUGUGAGAGAAUGUGUGUAAAUAGGGAUCAAGUGUACGCUUAUUAUGAGAAGGUCUGCGAAAUGACAGGUACUAUCGUGCUACCACUUACAUAUUUCGAUGAGACAGUGCUCAAGGUGUUUCGUGGCGUAGUCACCAUGAUUCAUCCAUCAGAAAAGACAUUCUACGAAGGAAUUCGUGUUCAAAUACAUUCCGAUUUUUAUAGCCGUAUCGAGGAGUUAAUCGAUGGCGAGCCUUGCAUUCAUCACUUAAUAGAUGGUGAGGCCAGCAUGCAGCAACAUUCCAUGGAACUGUCGCCCCCGCCGGGCGCCGCCCCCCGGAUCUCUCCACAAAUGCUCGACGAGGACGAAGCGGCCGAUGAACGUUAUGCUGACAACUACCGUGACCCCCCUGACGAGGAACUACAUUCCACCCCGGAGGUGCUACGAGAUGGCAAGUACUACCUGCGUAUGUGGCUCACUGAUAACUUCGAGUCCUUGCCUGACUCGUGCGUGCUGAAGGCCGAUGCUUACCGGCACUACGAAAUUUACGCAAAGACCAUCAAACAGACCCCAUUUGAAAUGAACGUGUUCGGUAAGAUUGUGCGUCAAGUAUUCCCCAAAGUAACAAUCCGGCGUCUUGGCGGACGUGUCAAACCUCAGUAUCAUUACUGUGGCAUCGCCGUCAAAACUUCAAGUCCUCUCUUCCAAUACAUGAGUGGGAGGGACCCUGCACAACGCUCCAGGAAGAAGGAGAUCGCUACGGACAAUAAGAGUGCCGAGAUUGUCAUAGACUGGUUACGGAGUCACUAUGAGCCAGGCACGGAGAGGAUAAUCAUGAAGAGUGCAGUCUUCAGCAAUUAUUGUGCUUAUUGUAAGUCCAUUAACGAAAACCCAGUCACUCUGAACUAUUUCGGCAAGUUAGUGAAGCAUUGUUUCCCUAACGUGGAGGUGAGGAAAUGUGGCGGCCGUAGCGAACCUACUUGGUACUACUUCGGUCUAGUUCCUCGUGGGGAGAUGGGGGCAGUGUUCAGCAGCUCCCACCACCACCACCACCACCACGACCUCCAAGACGACAUCCAAGUGCCCCAGACUACCCUCAGUGAACCCAGACAGCUUAGUCCCAUGGGUCAUGACCUCGGCCACAGUAUACCUUCACACACUACUAGUCCCAUUCCAAUAUCUCUCAACAAGGGUGAGAUGGGAGCCCACUUGGCCGCCCCGCCUAAUGGUUCCUACAGUUCCUCCAUGAUGCUCCAGUCAGUGCUGCUCAACCAGCACGUUAAUCUUGCUCAAUCACCGCUCCUUAAUCGCCGGUCACCCUUCCACGGAUCUCCGGGCGAAGGGCUACUAGAGGCGUCGUACCAACGGCCACCCCAUGACUUAUGUGGUGCUUCCCCAACCCGCACCUAUCCCGACCAUCUAGCCUCUCACUCCCCGGCAGCUGAGGGUAGCAGCCUGCAGGAACUGCGGCGCCAGCUUCUGGCCCGUUCGCCUUAUGAGCCUGUCGAUGUUCCCUCUGACAACAUGUUCUCCCGCUCACCAGGGGACACUUCGGCGCAGUACUGCAGGUCUCCCCGCGAGCUACUGGACGGAGAAGCCACCUUGCCAGCGCACUCACCCGCCGACACCUCCAUCAUGUUCUCUCACUCACCGCUGGAGGCCAACUACCCCGGGGCUGUGAGGCCGCGCUCCUCCCUGGCGGGGGGCAGUGGUGGUGGGCAGGUGGUGCCGCGCCUCCAGCCGCAGCAGCUGGUCUUCGACUCCCAGGCUCACAAGAGACACAGAGGUCAACCCCAGAUGCACCUAGACCACUACGACAUGAUGAAUGAUAUACAGCUGGAGUGAGCCAGCCCAUCUCAUCUCUCUUGUUCUGGUGAGUUAUCUCUUAUUGUGCAGUAGUGAUGGUUAGGGUUAGGUUAGUUUAGUCAUUGGUAAUAAAAGAAGUUAAUGGUGAUUAUGGUGAAAUAUGGGAGUGGUUGAAGAGUAUGGUAAAGUAGAAUGGUCAUAAUAGUGUGUUGAGUAGUAAUAGUAGUGUGACUUACGUAAGUGAGGGGCUGUAGUGAGGUAAGGGUUGUUAUUCACGGGGUGACUUACACAAUAAAUCGUGGUUAUGGUGAGGUACAAGUUGUGGUUAAGUGAUAGUGAUAUGGUUAAUGGUGACGUGUAGUGUUAAUGUUGGUUAGUGGUGACGUGUGGUGUUAAUGGUAAGGUGUAGUGUUGGUGAUGGUGACGUGUAGUGUUAAAGUUGGUUAAUGAUGAUGUUUAGUGUUAAUGUUGGCUAAUGGUGACGUGUGAUGUUAAUGUUGGUCAUUGGUGAGGCGUGGUGUUAAUGGUGACGCAUUCUUAAUGUUGUGUUUAUGGUAAGAUAUAAUGUUACCAAGACGCAAUUAUGGUGAUACUAUUGUGGUAAUUAGUAAUCAUGGUGUUAUAGUGCUAUUAAAUAAUGGCUAUUUAUUAAGUGAUAGUUAUGGUGUUGAAAUGGUCGUGUUAUGGUGUUCUAUUGAUAUUUAGGUUGAAACAAGAGUGGUUACCGCGUGUUAUGGUGCAAGUGAUGGUCAUAGUGUAUUGUGCGUUAUAGUGAGCUGGGUGGUUGUUAUGCAUUAGUAGUUGUUCUGGUUAUCCCCCUGGUUGAUUAAUGAGAGUUGUGUGGUUAUGGUAUGUGGUAGUUGUGUAGUUAUGGUGGGUGGGACCUGUAUGGUGUUUAGUGAGUAACACCUGUGUGAUUGUAGUGAGUGGUAUUGUGCAAGUUAUGGUAAGUCAAGGCGGAUAGUUUAUGAUGUUAUGGUUUUGUGAAUUACGGUGAUGUGGUAAUGUUGUAAGUUCUUUUGGUUGCGUAAUGGUACAAUAUGGUGUGUUGUGUCAAGUUAUGGUGUGUUGUGUCAAAUUAUGGUGUGUUGUGUCAAAUUAUUGUGUAUUGUGUCAAAUUAUGGUGUGUUGUGUAAACUUAUGGGGUUAAUGAAGUUAUGGUGUUAUGUGAAGUUAUGGUGUGUUGGGAAGUUAUGGUGUGGUGAAGUUAUGGUGUUAUAUGAAGUUAUGGUUUUAUGUGAAGUUAUGGUGUUGUGAAGUUAUGGUGUACUGUAUCAAGUUAUUGUGUUGUGACGUUAUGGUGCUAUGUAAGGUUAUGGUGUUGUGAAGUUAUGGUGUUGUUAAGUUAUGGUGUAUUGUCAAGUUAUGGUGUGUUGUGUCAAGUUAUGGUGUAUCGUGUCAAGUUAUGGUAUAUUGUGUCAAGUUAUAGUGUUAUGUGAAGUUAUGGUAUAUUGUGUCAAGUUAUAGUGUUAUGAGAAGUUAUGGUGUAUUGUGUCAAGUUAUGGUGUUAUGUGAAGUUAUGGUGCUGUGUCAAGUUAUGGUGUUAUGAGAAGUUAUGGUAUAUUGUGUCAAGUUAUUGUGUUAUGUAAAGAUAUGGUGUUAUGUGAAGUAUGGUGUGUUUUGUCAAGUUAUGGUGUUAUGUAAAGUUAUGGUGUUGUUCCAAGUUAUGACUAAUGAAUGGUGAACAAGUAUUUAUGGUCAGGUAUGGUUUGGUUAGGUUAGGUUAGCAUAAUGAGCUAUGCUUGAAGUGGUGGUGUUAUGGUGAUUGUUGUAAAUUUUAGGUUAUGGUGGUUGUAUGAGUAGUGAGGUAUGGUGAUGUGAAGUAUAGUGAGUGGAGUUUCGGUGAGUCAUUGGGGAGUGGUGUUUGUAUUAUGGUGACGGGUAGUUGUGAAUUGUGGUUAGUGUUGUGUAGUUAGGUAAUAGUGGGAGUUGGUUAUGGUGAAUGAUAGUAAUGGUGACUGGUGUGUUAUGGUGAAUGAUAGUAAUGGUGACUGGUGUGUUAUGGUGAAUGAUAGUAAUGGUGACUGGUGUGUUAUGGUGAAUGAUAGUAAUGGUGACUGGUGUGUUAUGGUGAAUGAUAGUAAUGGUGACUGGUGUGUUAUGGUGAAUGAUAGUAAUGGUGACUGGUGUGUUAUGUAAGAAAUAGUUAUCUGUGAUAGUGUUGUUGUUGUGAGUUAUAGUGAAGGAUAUUGUGUUAUGUCAUCAUUUGUUGUAUUAUGGUUGUAUUAUGUUUUCCUUAUAAUGACACCAACACUAUCACCCAACACCAUCACCCAACACUAUCACCUAACAGUCACCCAGCACCAUCACCCAACACUAUCACCCAGCACCAUCACCCAACACUAUCACCCAACAGUGUCACCCAACACUAUCACCCAAAACUCACCUAACACCAUCACCCAACACUAUCACCCAGCACCAUCUUAGCACCAUCA